UUCCCUCACACCUUUACCAAACACACACACACACACAAGCCAAGAGACUACUACGUACACUCAUCAUCACCUCUCUUCUCUCCAAUGGCUGCCAUUACCACAUUCUCCGCUCUCUCCAUCCCCAUCUCUCCUCCUCCUACCUCGUCUCCUCUACUCAACUCCCCUCCCUGUCUCUCCAGAUUCUCAAACUUGUCUCCGUUUCCCUCACUCUCCACCUCUCGCAAAAGAAAGAUUCUAACGUGUUCUUCUUUUAGAGAAGGAGAUGAAACGGUUGAAGAAGAAACAAGAGGUGGUGAUGAGGAGAGUAAAGAGACUCUGAUGUUAUCAGUCUCUCCUCUGCCUCUCCUCCUCGUUGCUUCUCUCCCUGGAGCUGGAACUGUAAGAUCUGUUAUUGGACCCUUUGUGGAGAUUGUGAAGUCAUUGGAUCUACCUGAUUGGCUUGUGCACUGGGGUCAUCCUGGGAACAUGGCAGUGGUUCUUUUUGCUAUGGGUGGAUACGGAACAUACCUAGGCUUCAGGAUUCGUUAUUCAGAUGACAUUGAGGAGAAGGCAAAGGCGAAAGACCUGCAUCCGAAGCUUCUAGCAGGAAUGUUUUUCUUCUUCGCCCUUGGAGCCACUGGUGGUAUCACUUCCCUCCUUACCUCAGACAAACCCAUCUUCGAAAGCCCGCAUGCUGUCACAGGAUUCAUAGGUCUUGCUCUCUUGACGAUUCAAACAAUCUUACCAACUUUGUUCAAGGACAAGCCUGAGCUGAGGGGAGUUCAUGGGAUCCUGGGGAGUGGGAUAAUGGCGCUUUUUCUAGUCCAUGCUGCUUUUGGACUUCAGCUCGGUCUCAGUUACUGAUAUCCUCCUCCUCUCAUAUGAUUUGUAUUCUUCAGCUGCAACCACAACAAUUUAAUUACUUGAGAAGAUAAAUAGAGGCAAAUAAAUUUGUAAAAUAAUGUUCACAUGAUUUCUAUUGUGUAUAAUUUCUAUGUUACAUAAACUGAUGCUCAUAUUUUUUUUACCUUCGUUUUUGAAUUAACACCAACCAAUUGGUCUGAGUGUUUUUGAGUUUCUUGUGUUUUCGGCUUCAACAUCCUAAACAUCAUUCGGA